AUGGCUUCCCCAUCUUACGCCUCAGAGCUCAAGAUCGCUGAGCUCGCCGUUCAGCGCGCUGCUAUUCUCACUAAGCGCGUCUUCCACGAGAAAGCAAAGGGUACCGUUGACAAGAACGACAAGAGCCCUGUCACUGUGGGCGACUUUGGCGCCCAAGCUCUCAUUAUUGCCGCCCUCCGCCACAACUUCCCCGACGACGCCAUCGUUGCCGAAGAAGAGGCUGCUCAGCUCCGUGACGAUGCGAACCUCAAGCAGACUAUCUGGGAGCUCGUUAGCUCUACAAAGCUCGACGACGAGGACGCCGAAAAGCAGCUCGGUGGUCCCAUUAAGGAUGUUGACGAUAUGCUCGAGUUGAUCGAUAGAGGUGGCAGCCAGGGCGGUUCCAGCGGUCGCAUCUGGGCUAUUGACCCCAUUGACGGCACGAAGGGCUUCCUCCGUGGUGGGCAGUACGCUGUCUGCCUUGGUCUUAUGGUUGAUGGUGACGUCAAGGUCGGUGUUCUCGGCUGCCCCAACCUCCCCGUCGACGACUCAGCUCGUCUAACAGCCGACAUUGGCUCCAAUGCCACUGACGAGGGCCGCGGUGUCGUGUUCUCUGCUGUUCAGGGCCACGGUGCUAACAGCCGUCCUCUGACCACUGGCGCUCUCUCAGCUCAGAAGUCUAUCUCUAUGCGAAGUCUCGAUGACCUCUCCAAGGCUACUUUCUGCGAGAGUGUAGAGGCUGGCCACUCCGCGCACGACGACCAGGCCCUUAUCUCUAAGAAGCUCGGUAUCACCCAGGAAAGCGUCCGCAUGGACAGUCAAGCCAAGUACGGUUCCAUUGCCCGUGGUGCUGGUGACAUUUACCUUCGUCUACCUGUCAAGGCUACAUACCAGGAGAAGAUCUGGGACCACGCUGCUGGUGACCUCAUUGUCCGCGAAGCCGGUGGUCAGGUCACUGACAUCCAAGGCAAGCGCCUCGACUUCAGCGUUGGACGCACUCUGGCUAACAACAAGGGUGUCAUUGCUGCUCCUGCUCCCGUCCACGGAAAGGUUCUUGAGGCUGUUCAGGAGGUUCUGAGCGCCAAGCAGUCAUAA